UGCUCAUCCCACCAGAGGCUUGGUGGAGAAUGGUAGUGAUGGUCCCGGGUUGGGAUGGUCAGGGCUAGUGGGGAGGCAGCUUUUCCUAUGGUAGGCUGAUCACAGCCCUGUGAUAUCAUUUGGAAACUCUUGCUGAAGCUUUGUUUUUCUCCUCUUGUUUGGGCCUGUGGAAAGAGCCUUUCAUUGCUUAGCAUUUCAGGUGCGGGGAUUAACUUUGGAGCCAGACAGUCUGAAGGUCUGUUUUAAAAUGCUGGGGAGCUUUCAGAGGGUGGAGGGACUGAAAACAUACAGAACAAAUGAUCUUUUGGAGUCAGCUCUGGGGAACUUGGGCAAAGCCCAGGAACCCAGGGGUUACUCUCCAUUGUGGUCCCCCAAACAAGAGGCAUCACUAGAAGCAGAAUCACCUGGGAGUCUGUCAGACACUCAGCAGGACUGGUGAUGAGCUCCCGCUGGAGCAGCACAGCCCUUCUUUACGCCCUGUGGAAUUCCUGACGGAGACCAGCGUCAUGCACAGUGCUGCACCUGUGGCCUUAACAGAGACUGUUCCAGGGUCCCAGCCAAGCAUGUCUGUCCUUGUCCUGUCCUCUCCACCUGCUACUACUUUUGAUACAGCCUUUUUAAACCACAAACAACAGACUCAAAGUACAGCAGAGCACAGCAUCUUUGAGGCAAAUUACGGAUCCGUGACGAGUAAUGAGAUAGCCAUGGAUGAGGAGAUGGACAACUUUUUGCCAGAUGCCCACUGGACCUCUUCACGAGUGGUUUCCCCAGUGCAGUAUAUCACACUGAGCCCUCUAGAGCCACCCCAGGAGAUGACUCCCUUACUACCCACUGUUUCUCUGCAGGACGAAGUGCUGCCCGGAUGUCAGAGCACAGCGCAACAGGCAACUCUGCGAGUGGAGUCCUCCAGUUACUUCAGCACUUCUUGGUCAGCUUCUGUCACAUCUGAGGGCAUCAUUCCAACUCCCAGUAGGAAUGUGGUGCUUCAUCCUACAGGAAUUCACAGCCAGUUAUCAAGCAAGGCUUUGCCAGAGAUUGUAGCUUCUGUAACAGAGGGUGCAGAAAACCUCCUUUUCAGCUCCUGGAUUUCAGUGUCUCAGCCGCUAGGCAAUGGCAUGACUCAACAGCCAUCUGUUCCCCUGUGGGAGGUCUCACAGCCUCUACUGGGUGUCCUGGCCACCAGCACAGACGGAUACCCUAAUGAGACCACUGCCUGGAGUGGACUUUUAGAAGAAGCCAUUUCUCCAAGAACACACCCCAGUGCAAGCACGUCGCCUACAGACCCUGUUUUCAGCAGCCUACCACCACCUUCUUUAUUUUCAACCUCACUUUCAUCCAUGUCUUUCACUACUCAGUCACCUGGAGUUUCAGAUAACCCCUUCCUCUCUGACAAGGCCAGGGAAACCUUAGAGUCACCGAACAGCUCCAUGGUCCCCAGUUUCACUGAGCAUCCUCAUGUCCUGAGCCCCCAGGCUUCCCAGAGACCACACACAUGGUGUGUGUCCUGUGCAGUCUUAUCAUCUCAGCAAGUUGUGGCCAGUAGCCUCACGGAGAAGCCUGUGGAAACAGAGGACAGGCUUGAGACUUUGUCUGUGGCCUCAGUAGAAGCAAGCCGGCUCUCUCCACUGAGCAGCAUGGGCACAGCCCUCUCUGAACUGGAAGAUCUUCAAGAAUUUAAUACACUUCUCCCUUCCAGACCUGUGGUUUCUCUUUCUUCCAGUUCUGUGGGGCUGUGGCAAGCCAGCAUGGAUAUGUCACCCGAGGCGGGUAUGAGUGGCAUUAUCACUCAGGUGUACCCUUCAUACGGCCUCCUCUCCACACCAAGCUCACUGGAUUCCACUUUCAGCUUCUCUGCCACCAGUGAUCAAGUGAUGCCAUCCAGUGUAACCCAUCUGUUGUCCUCGGUCAUUGCCAGCUCCCAUUUUGACUCAUCUUUCUCCUUGACUACAAGUCAAAAUAUGUCAUCCCUUCCAACUGGAAGCCCAAGCCUUCUCACCUCUUACAGUCUGGUCCCUUCAGUAGAGUCUAAAGUUUUUUCUGACCAAGAAAAAUCUACCAGCUUUCUGGAACUCGAAUCUAGAAGUCUUUUGGAUUUCCCUUCCAGCUUUUACUCAACUCCACCCCUGGACUCCAGCACUCCGGCCCCUUCACGGUCAGACGAUCUUGCUUUUCCAUCUUUGAUGUCAAGCGAUCCAUCAACCUUCUUUUCUCAAACUCUUCCCACCAUGGCUGAGACAUUGUCAUUGUUCAGCUCUAUCAGUUUGCAAUCACCUCAGCUUUCUGUUCUUAAUUCCCCAAGUCUAGAGCCGUCUCAGCUGUGGUCAAGUUCAGACCUUCUUUUGAAGACAGCCACUUUUCUUCCUACUCACUCUGAAAUGCCCCCACUUUCAAGCUCCCUCUCUGAGUCUCUCAAGUUCGCCAAAGCAUCGAGAGUUUCACUGGUAGAGUCCGAUGUUCAUCUUACCUCAGCUUUCUCUGAAACUACCUCUGCCUUUGAAUUUUCACCCAUUCCUCAUGAAUCCACAGACAGCACACUGGUGCCCUCCAUUUCUGAGCCCACCCUUGGCAUCUCCACAGCUGGGACUCACUUCAUAUCACUGCCAACUGUUUUCUAUUUGACACCCAUUUUAACUGAGUCAUCUCCAUUCUUGACUCUGACACCCUCUGAUGGCAGCGUGCAUGCGACCGAUCAUCACACUCCUGUUUUACCCACGUUCUCCAGUGUCAUAGCGACCAAUACAGAGUCGAUCUCUGAUCCAUACCUGUCAGCCUCCUCAUCACUUGCUUCCGAAGUAAGCCCUUCACCUCUGCCCACAAAGCCAGUCGUGGGCUCAUCAUUGACACCCACAGAUUUACCACCCAGUACGUCCCCAGAACCAAGUACAUCCCCGGAACCAAGCAUGUCCAACACCAGCACUGCCCCUGGUGAUACUGUGGACUCUGCUCCGAACAGCGAGCCUAUGAGUCAGAACCCUCAGGGGAACAGUGUACCCCCUCCCCAACCCUCCCUCGGUCCUGUAACCACCUCCACGCUCGAAGCCACAGUUGGUACACCAGCACUGGCCACAGCCAAGCCGCCAUAUGUGUGUGAUAUUACAGUUCCCGAUGCCUAUUUGAUCACAACUGUGCUGGCCAGGCGAGCUGUGCAGGAGUACAUCAUUACAUCAAUCAAGGAAGUGUUGCGAAUUCACUUCAAUCGCGUGGUGGAGCUGAAGGUUUAUGAACUGUUCACAGACUUCACUUUUCUGGUAACAUCUGGUCCUUUUGUUUACACGGCGAUAUCAGUCAUUAAUGUCCUCAUCAAUAGCAAACUUGUUCGUGACCAGACUCCUUUAAUCUUGUCUGUGAAACCAUCUUUCCUCGUGCCAGAUCCCAGGUUUCAAGUUCAAACAGUACUGCAGUUUGUGCCUCCAAGUGUGGAUACUGGCUUCUGUAACUUCACCCAGAGCAUCGAGAAAGGCCUGAUGACAGCGCUUUUUGAAGUGAGGAAGCAGCAGGGGACUUAUAACCUCACAGUACAGAUUGUGAAUGUCACCAUUGACGCUUCGAGGGCGACUUCCCGGAGGGGCCCAGUGAAUAUUAUCUUUGCUGUUAAAGGCAUGCAGGGUUUUCUGAAUGGGUCAGAGGUGAGCGAUCUGCUCAGGAACCUGACAGUGGUGGAGUUCAGCUUCUACCUGGGGUACCCGGUGCUGCAGAUCGCGGAGCCCUUCCAGUACCCACAGCUCAACUUAUCUCAACUGCUGAAGUCCUCUUGGGUCAGAACAGUCCUUCUGGGUGUAGUGGAGAAGCAGCUCCAUAAUGAAGUGUUUCCAGCUGAGAUGGAGCGCAAGCUGGCCCAGCUUCUCAGUGAGGUGCCCACCAGGAGACGCAUGUGGCGGAGGGCCACCGUGGCCUCUGGGAACAGCGUGGUACAGGUGGUGAACGUGUCCCGGCUGGAGGGCGAGGACGAUCCGGUGCAGCUCAUCUACUUUGUGGAGAAUCAAGACGGAGAGAGACUCAGUGCCACCAAGUCUUCAGAUCUGAUCAACAAGGUAGACCUCCAGAGAGCAGCCAUCAUCUUGGGGUACCGAAUUCAAGGUGCCAUUGCCCAGCCUGUGGACAGGGUGAAGAGGCCAUCCCCGGAGUCACAGAGCAGCAACCUAUGGGUCGUGGUUGGUGUGGUCAUCCCAGUGUUGGUGGUCACUGUGAUUGUCGUCAUCCUCUACUGGAAGCUGUGCCGCACAGAUAAGCUAGACUUCCAGCCGGACACGAUAGCCAACAUACAACAGCGACAGAAGCUGCAGAUUCCCAGUGUGAAAGGCUUCGAUUUUGCUAAGCAGCAUUUGGGUCAGCAAAACAAAGAUGACAUACUGAUUAUUCACGAGCCAGCACCACUGCCAGGACCUGUGAAGGACCACACCACACCCUCUGAAAAUGGAGAUGUACCGAGCCCAAAGGCAAAGGCCCCUCCCAAGAACACCCGACACAGAGGACGAAUUUCCCCCUCAGAUGCCGACUCUACAGUCAGCGAGGACUCCAGCGAGAGGGAUGCAGGAGAGAAGAUGCCAGCCACUGCCCAGGAGAGCAAGGCCCACAGAGCUCUGCAGAGCGGUGCCCCGCUGCCCAGUUCAGGCAAUGAGCAGCAUUCCUCGGCCUCCAUUUUUGAGCACGUGGACAGGAUUUCCCGAACCUCAGAGGCCAGCCGCCGGGUUCCCAGUAAGAUCCAGCUUAUUGCCAUGCAGCCCAUCCCAGCCCCCCCAGUACAGCACCCUGUCCUGGCUGACCGAGUGGCAGAGACCAACAAAAUCAACAAGGAGAUCCAGUCUGCGCUGCGCCACAAGUCAGAGAUUGAGCACCAUCGCAACAAGAUCCGCCUGCGAGCCAAACGCCGAGGCCACUACGAGUUUCCUGUGGUAGAUGACCUGUCUUCCGGUGACACCAAAGAGCGACACCGAGUGUACCGCAGGGCACAAAUGCAGAUUGACAAGAUCCUGGACCCUGCAGCCAGUGUGCCAUCUGUAUUCAUAGAGCCCAGGAAGAGCUCAAGGAUGAAACGUUCUCCCAAGCCACGCCGGAAACACCAGGUCAAUGGCUGUCCCGCUGAUGCCGAGAAGGACAGACUCAUCACCACAGACAGUGAUGGCACGUACAAGCGGCCCCCGGGUGUGCACAACUCUGCCUACAUUGGAUGCCCGUCUGAUCCUGACCUCCCGGGUGAUGUGCAGACCCCAUCCUCUGCUGAGCUGGGCAGGUAUCCUGGACUGCCCUUCUCUGCCUCUCAGUACAUCCCACCCCAGCCAUCCAUCGAGGAGGCCCGCCAGACCAUGCACUCACUUCUGGAUGAUGCCUUCGCCCUUGUGGCUCCCAGCAGCCAGCCUACCAACACUGUGGGAGCAGGUCCUGGGGUGCCAGCAGGCCUGCCUGUGAACAGCACCCCUUCCAGGGAAGAAAGGCGAGCCACGCAGUGGGGGUCUUUCUACAGUCCAGCCCAGAUGGCCAACAACCCCUGCAGCAGAUAUGAAGACUAUGGGAUGACGCCUCCAUCUGGUCCAUUGCCAAGCAGACCUAGCUUUGGCCCAGGGUUGCUGCCGUCUUCAGAGUUGGUCCCCCCUGAGCCCCCACAGCCACAGUCGUCAGCUGAUGCUCCAUUUGCUGCCCGAGGGGUCUACUCAGAGGAGAUGCCAUCGGUGGCCCGGCCUCGGCCUGUUGGGGGCACUACAGGGUCCCAGAUCCAGCAUCUGACCCAGGUGGGAAUUGCAAGCAGAAUUGGGGCCCAGCCUGUGGAAAUUCCUCCUGGCAGAGGCAGCCAGUACGGGGGACCAGGCUGGCCUGUGUACGGGGAGGAGGAGGCAGGACGAAGAGAAGCUACCCAUAUGCUUGGACAUCAAGAGUAUUCUUCUUCACCGCUGUUUCAGGUGCCAAGGACUUCGGGCAGGGAGCCCUCAGCCCCUCCAGGGAACGUCACCCACCGAGGGCUGCAGGGCCCGGGGCUGGGCUACCCCACCAGCUCCACAGAGGACCUGCAGCCUGGCCACUCCUCCGCCUCCCUCAUCAAAGCGAUCCGAGAGGAGCUCCUGCGGCUCUCUCAGAAACAGGGCUCAGUACAGAGCUUCCACAGCUGAUCAGCCUCCUUUGCAGGUUUGCCAAGUAUCUGCUUCCUGUGGAAGCAAGACCAAAAGGAAAUCAACUGAGUGGGUGUCUGCAAGAGCCGGAAGCAGCAUUUCCGGGCAAGCUGCCCAAGGAAGAGAACGAGUUGCGAUUUUAGAGGAUGCCGUAAAGUCACACGGACAACUCAUGGGACUUUUACUGGCUUGGCAAUUUGGUGACCACUUUGGUUCAGUCAAAAUGUGUGUACUUCAGGCCAAAAGCCAGCACUUCACACACACACACAUACAAACAAACCAAAACACAAACCUAAGCUAACAAAAAUGCUAAGUUAGUUUUCUCUUUCAAAGGCAAGAGGUUAAAACCUAUAGAUGGUUAGGGACAGAUGGGGCAGCACUUCCUUGGGAACCUGACUGGCACGUGCGACACCCCCGCUGCUGUUUCCUGAGAAGAGAGAUUUCAAGACAUUUUAGUAACUGCUUGAUCCCUCUUUUCCUUCAUAGGAACUUAUUUUAAUAGUAAUAUUAACACAACAUCCUGGGACUGUUUGGUAAUCUUAAAGAGCUACUAGUGAGAAACCUAACGGUAGGUUGUGGAGCCUGGUGAUUUCAAACAAAGCCAUCGCCUGCGUUCUUUCUCCUUCUUCUGGUGCUACAGCUCUGAGGGCCCUUCACCUUUCUGCCUGUGAAUACAACCGUGGCUUUUGCAGUAGAAGAGUAUGUUGGCGGUUUUAUUGUGUUCUGGGGUGAGGGGAAGAAAAGAAAACUCCUGCACUGAGGAGGGGGAAGCUUAGUAUUUAUUUGCUUAUUCAAAAUACAUAUCAGACUUUAAGAUUUCCAGUCUUAGUUGUAUUUGCUGUUUAUUUGUUGGGCUCACCCAGCUGUUGGUGACAUGUCACUGCGUCUCAGUGAGGUCCAUCCUACAGAAGGAAGCUGUUGGGAUGUCCUAACUGCCAGGUCCUUGUACUUCACUGACAGUUUGCUCACAGGUUGUCUUUGAAUGAGGUGUCUUGGGGAAGCAGACAUUCUUUUUGAUGGUUGUUAGGACCACCCAGUUGUCCUGAAUGUACCCAGUAGAGUCAGGUUCCCUGAGUUCCAGGCUGGCAGUGGACCUUUGUUCCUGUCAGCCUCUGUGACAACUGAACAAACACAGGGUUUUGAGACCACAAAGGAAAUGAGAGUUUCCCCCAUUUUUUAUUUUGCUAUUAUUUCUUUGUCUGAAAACUGUCUCAUUCACUUUAGGCCAGAGAGCGGUCAUUUCACAGUACGCUUCUGAAGUCACAUUGCUCAGCCUCUGACUCCAUGUCAUUCUGUACUCUGAUGCCUGAAUGAAACUCCGGGAAAUUGCAGGCUAACGGGAGUCUUAAGCCUCUUUAUUAGAUGAAUGAAUACUUUUGAUUGAACAGCAGAUGAUGGGGUAGAGUUUAGGGAGCUCAGCUUAAGUUUCACGAACUUGGGAACAGCUACACAAGUACCCAGACUGUAGUCAUGGCUGCAGUAUUGGUUCUGCCCUUCUCAGUCAGUCUCAGGACACAAGGACACUGGAAACUGGUGCAGCCAGCACUUCCGUGUACACUCUAGGUGAGAAGGUGUACGGGGCCGGGUCGGGGAGGGGACCCGCAGGCACUCUGUAGAGCACGCAGGAAGAGGCCCCUCUCUGGACUUACUUAUUUGUUAGUCUUGAUUUAAUACUUAUCUUCCUAAGCUGGAAGAUCCUCUUUCCAAGCCACUCAAACAACCAAGUCUCAAAUAUCCAGGCAGAAUUUUAGUGUGACACUGUGUGAGAGAUUCAAGUCAUAAAACACACAGAACAAAUGGCCCUUUCUCAGCCCGUGUCAUGAGUGUUUUUGGACAGAGUGUCCUAAAAAUGAUCACCUCCUUUGUACACUGCCAAAAUGAGUCUCGGUGUCAGAGGAUGUGACGACAACAGCAAUUUCAAUGCCUUUGAAAUUGUCAUGAAGGGAUUCUACCUGUAGUUUUACUCUUAGAAGAGAUACACCUUUAAACAGGUGUCACAACCAAAGGUAGGGUGUAGUUUGUACUCGGGCCCUUUGGGAGCAUCAGUGCUCAGUUGUUGGUUACUUAAAGCACACCCAGUUUGCACUCCUUUCCCCUAAACACCCUGCACAGCAGGGGUACCACACUGAAACUGCUGUGGGAUAGGCCAUGUCCAGCAGGUGUCCAGUCAAUCAUCCAGUGUGCUCCCCUGAAAAAGGUCCUGCUCAGUGUGUGUAACUUUGGUGUUCCACAUACUAAAGCACCCCAAAGUGAAAAGUUUAAUGUCUGUCCUUUUCUCCUAAUCUUAGGAGGUCCUGUUGAGAAACACAAACUGCAAAUCUUGAGUCAGAAUUUUAGGACAGAGUGCUUGGAGAAGUGCUUUUUUUUUUUUUUUUUUUUUUUCAGUCUCCUUAGUUGCUAAUUCCUUGUGUUCAGUUCCUUCUGUAUGUCAUUCUUGUUAUCAACAAGACCAUAUCCCCUCACCCCCCAACACACACACCUCAUAGGAUCUUUGCUUCUAAAAAUCAAGUGUGAUCUGCUUGCAGACACCCUGGAGGAGGAGACUCAGUCACUGUGAACAUGUAAGAGGUCGUUUGUGUGAAUGUUCUGACAUGGAUGAUGUGCUGUGCUGUGAUCUGCCAGUGUCUGGGGUCACAGGUAGGUUAUCAGAACAAAACUGAAAGCCCAGCAUGACUGCUGCUACUGCUGUUUUGCUUCAGACUUACCACUUCCUCUGUCAGCGUCAAAGGUCACCCAUGAAGCAUUGUUUUUGCUCUGACUUUCUGCAGUUUCUAACACUAAAUAGGUGACCAGACACAAGCCUUGUCUUCCAAGAGAUCUUAGAAUCUAAGCUGGGUAGUACAGACAGGUGUAAAAAGAUGGAGGCUUUAGAUAAGCAGGGUGUCUUAGGUAACCAUAAAAUGCAAAGGACACAGGUGUGUUGGAUAUUCAGAAGUCACAGAAGUUGCAUGUUUGGGAUAGACGAGAUUUUACAGGAGAAGCCACUGUGAUGUUACUCAAGCCAGUGAUGAUACAGCAAGGGCUGACCCUCACAGUUGUCCUGGGAAAGGGUUUAGGAAUUGUGUACUCUGUCACUAAAAGUGAACCCUCAAUCCAAAGAGGAGGAACUAGUGUUGGAAGAAAACAUGUCUGGUAAUGCAGCAAGCAAAUGUCCAGGCUGGUGAUGAUCUGCCUAGGAAGAGCCCCAGUGUGGGGGAAUGGAGGUCAGAGACCAAGGACUGCUGCUGUCUGCUCUAAAGUAAGUCAGUGGUGUUGAGAUGGGACCUUUGUGGUCCUUAGCAGGUUGUGGCUUCUUUAUGUGCACGUCCAUGCUUUCCUCCAGUUUUUAUUUCAUUUCAGAGUGUGAACAUUGAGAGAUUCUGAAAGCACAUGGCUUUUAAACAGUAGGAUUUUGCAAAGUCGAAAUUUUGAAGGCAUGAGUCCAGUGACCCAAAGCAUAGGUGCAAGUAUGGCUGGAAGGUUUCAGGCUGAAACCAGUAAUUCGCUGCAUUCUUGUACAGAGAGUGUUCACUGCAGUUUCAGGUCUUGGUGAGUACUCUAUAACCAAGCCAGCCCCCAGGACUGUUUUGGCAGGAUUUUGUGAGUUAAUCAUUCCUUGGGCUUCCCUUGGCCUCUUCAUCCUGGAUUCUUAGAUGGGAAUAAACUGCACACUUAGAAGGAGUUGGGUCAAGGUUCUGGGCACAGGGCAGGGUGCUUCUGAGUGGAGUUCUCGCCAUGUCUUUUCUACCUCUGAAGUAAGUCACCAGAGCCUGCUCGUCCACAUCUGAUCCAGGCAGGAGUAUGAGGAAGUCUGCUUCUACAACCGUGAGCACAAACAUGCCUGUAUGGGACAGUCCAUUCAGCCUUGUCAUUUAGUCCAGCCCAUUACAGGCGUUCCUGGAACAGGUGAGAGGGUUUUUGUGGGCCUCUGUUGUAACAUUCUCAUGAAAUAUAUAGGCUUACACUCAUCACCUAGUAAACAAGAGUGGUGCACAUUUCAGGUGGUUUAUUUUGUGGGGGAGGGGCUGGGGUGGUAAUUGUGGGUGUUUAAACUAGAAUUCUUUUGUCCGGAUUAAAAAGACUUGAAAACUGAACCGUCAUGGUAUAGUGUUAAUUCAUGCCUGUGUGUGUAAUAGGACACUCAACAAUUAUCUUACGAACACACAGCAGCAUUGAAGUGUAGAAAAAAAAAUAGUAAAUGCCUUUGGGAACACGAAUCGGUUAAAAACCAGCUAGGACACAAGAGGAGCAGUGAAUGUCUGCCUCUGAUCUGCUCCUCCCAGGUCGGAGUCCCACAGGGCAGGUCACGAUAUAGGCUCCCUGCUUUGUGCCUGGGUUUUCCUGCUUUGGGCCACUUCAGUGAUUACUUAGAGCAUCACUGAUAUCCUUUCUUAUGCCCACAAGAUUUCAAGUACUCAUGACUCCCAAGUAUGCAGUUUGGGAAUCUGGCUAAAGCCAGUCUUUAAAGUUCUGCCGAUGUUGUAAGGAAAAAAGCAGGAAGGUCCAGAGGAACCAAGGUUUCUGGUCAUUAGUUCAGGCGUUCUGAGCACCAGGGAGUUGGUUCAGAAACAACAGCGGUGGGUUUUCCUGGCCUUUCUGCACAGCUCCCUGUGGAGUAGAGAGGAGCCAGAGACGAGAGCUAGCAUUCUCAGGGAAGCUUGCUCUACCAUGCUGCUCCGGAUGUCGACUUUCUCCAACUUGGUUGAGGUCCGUGUUCUGACUUUCUGCACCCUCAUGCUAGAUAAUGCGUGUUAAUAUACAAAACUGCAGAGUAAAUUGGGCCAAUUGUGGCAUCAAGACUGCAACUUGACAAUCACGGUCUGCUGAUCUCAAACGGGCACUUAAAACUCAGUGUGGGUGUGUGAUUUAGCGACUGAGCCUGCCCUUCUGUUUGUCAGUUACGUUUCUACCCUUCAAUUAGCUGCACUGUUUUCUAAUGUGCUGUAGAGUUUGGAAAUAAUUUAUGCAAGUGUUUGGUUUCCAUGUUUACAAUUUUUACAGCUUUCCUAGCAUUUUAAAUGGAAAUGUCAAUAAAUGCUACGAAUUGGUGUCGAA